AUGGCCACGCCAUCCAAUCCCUACGCCCCGCGCCGCUCGGGUGCGUCGCCAUCUUCGUCUGCGGCGGCAGAGCAGAUCAUCGGCAAGUUCAAGCGGAUGGACCACAUCGGCAAGGGCAGCUUCGCGGAGGUGUACCGGGGCAUCCACAUUGUACCUAACACCCAGCAGGAGAAGCGACAGUCGGUGGCUAUCAAGUCGGUCAACAUGAACAAGCUCAACAAGAAGCUCAAGGACAACCUCGUUUCCGAGAUCUCCAUCCUUCGCAGCCUGCACCACCCGCACAUUGUGUCGCUCAUCGACUGCCACGAGACGCCAUCCCGCAUGCACAUCAUCAUGGAGUUCUGCGAGCUCGGAGACCUCUCUGCCUUCAUCAAGAAGCGCGCGGACCUCGUCAACCACCCCCAGACGCAGCGCAUGAUUGAGAAGUACCCCAACCCGGCUGUAGGAGGCCUCAACGAAGUCAUCGUGCGGCAUUUCGCGAAACAGAUGGCUAGUGCCCUCGAGUUCCUGAGGUCCAAGAACUACAUCCACCGUGAUCUGAAGCCGCAGAAUCUCUUGCUGAAUCCGUCGUCCGUGUACUACUCGCAGAGCGGAACACUGGAGCGCAUGCCUCUAGCCGCUGAUGCGAGCUCGUUGCUCCCGGCAACAGGAAUAGAAUCACUGCCCAUGCUCAAGAUUGCUGAUUUCGGCUUCGCCAGGAUCCUACCAACCACCUCUCUGGCCGAGACGCUGUGUGGUUCUCCGCUGUACAUGGCCCCGGAAAUCCUGCGGUACGAGAAGUACGACGCCAAGGCGGAUCUGUGGUCGGUAGGAACGGUUUUGUUCGAGAUGAUGUGUGCGAGGCCACCCUUUAGGGCAAACAAUCAUGUCGAGCUGCUGAGGAAGAUUGAAGAGCGCAAGGACCACAUUAGGUUUCCGGAGGGUAUCGUCUGUAGUAGGGCCAUGAAGAACUUGAUUCGCGCACUGUUGAAGCGCAAACCCACGGAGCGCAUGUCGUAUGACAGCUUCUUCUCGGAUCCAGUGAUUCGUGAGGAGAUUCCGGACAUGGUCGAUGAAGAUCUCCCGCAGGCUAUGCAAGCUUCGGAGCCUGAGCCGCCAGUGGAGCCGCCUAAGAGAGUCCAGAAAAUGCCGGUAGAAAUGGAUCGUCGUCCUUCAGAUAGCCCGUACUCGCGCUCACCCAGAGAUCGAACUGGUAUGGGAAGUACCCCACCCUCGAGGCCCAUGUCUCGGCCUUCAAGCGCGCAAGCUGCGGGCACUCCACCUCGAACUUUGUCGAUGCGGCGAGGCAGUAAUGCUCCGAUUGAGCCAAUCGAGGAGCAUGCCCCUCUUCGUGAGCAGCGCCGCCCCGUACUUACCAAUGCUGCCACUGCCCCUGCUCGUCAAAUGCCGUUGUCAGAGCAAGCCAUGGCGGGACACAGGCGUCGAUACUCACGAGACGACCAAGCGCCGGUGCCUUCAAGCCUGAAAGAUACGGAACGUGAGCGGCGGACUGAAGCAGGCGGUAUGCGUGAAGCCGCUGAACGAGCUGCACAAGAUGCUGCUCUGGAUGAUGGAUUCGUGUUUGUGGAGAAGCGGAGGGUGGAGAUAGAUGCCUUGGCGGAUGAGAUUGCUGUGGGAAGUCCGCAAACGCAACGUGACCGCGUAUCUCAGCGCGAUACCAUGAAACGGCGCUCGACUACACAAGGAGCUCCAACUUCAACCACCGGAGCCACAGCGCCUUCAAAAGCAAUUCAGAUUCAGCGUCAGCCAUCUUUGACCCAUCAGCGAGCUGGAUCUUACGAGCGUCGACGACCAUAUCGUCCUAGUUUUGAAAGCGCUACUUCGGCACUGACAAAGGCUAUGAACAUGGUCAGCAUCCGUGGCCUUGGACUCUCGCCGCCAGUCAUGAAAGGAGUUUCUCCACCUCAGGGAUACUCGGCAUUUCCAACUUAUCCUGCUGCUCAGAGCAGCCUGCUACUUGUUGGCGACAACGACCAGGUCACGACGAAAGAUGAGGCCGCAACGACCGUCAAGAAGAUCGAGGAGCUGGCUCAGUUGAGUUAUGUCAUCUACGGAUUUGCUGAGGUCAAGUACAAGCAGCUGGUUCCUGUUGCGCCGAGCGACGAGGGUUUGGGCAUCGGUCCAGGCGGAGUGCGUCGAAAGCCGAGCACAGACGUCAUCGAGGACGACGACGACGACGAUCUCACGCCUGAUACGAUAGUCACCAUUGCAGAAGAGGCUCUCGUGCUCUAUGUCAAGACACUUGCCCUGCUCAACAAGUCUAUGGAUGUUGCUGGCAGCUACUGGAACAAGCAUCGACGCGGCAGCUUGUCGCCCGAAGCAGCCAGCCGUGCAGCAGUUAUUGCUGAGCGCCUGAACCGUGUUGUAUCAUGGGUUCGCGAUCGCUUCAAUGAGUGCUGCGUCAAGUCCGAGAUCAUCGCUCGCAAGUUGAAGCAGGCUCAACAGCACCUGCCGACAGACCAUCCUAGCCACCCCCAGAAUCUCUCUGCUGCUUCAGGCUCCGCCACUACCGUAGGCUCAGCCGAGAACAUUCUUCUCACGACCGGCAUCACAGCAGAAAAGCUCAUGUACGACCGCGCCAUCGAGAUGAGCAGAUCUGCCGCCGUCGACGAACUCACCGGCCACAACCUCCCCAGUUGCGACAUCAACUACUCCACUGCCGCCGCCAUGCUCGAAGCCAUUCUUGAAGACGAAGAAGAAAGCGGCAGCCGCAAGCUUGACACUGAGGAGAUCAACGGCCUGGAGACGGAGGAUAGGCAGUCGAUCCAGAGACUCCUCGAAGAAAUCCAGCGCCGCCACAAGACCCUCAAGAAAAAAAUCGAAAUCCAAAAGGCGCAGAAACGCAACUCCAUCACGAGCGCGCCUGCUGGCCUUCCAUCGAGUCGCGGCUCUCCUUCAUCCCAAGGCACGGCGAGAUAA